AUGAAAAUAAAAUGUUGUGCAUUUGUUCCCCAUUAUUUCGUCACGGAGUUGUUUAGGGAGGCUUAUAUGAUUUUUGGGCUGACGAACUCCAGGUCGGACGCCGGCAGCAUCGCCAUCUACUGGGGCCAGAACGGCAAUGAAGGCACCCUCGCGGCCACCUGCGCCUCCGGCGACUACCGCUUUGUUAACCUCGCCUUCCUAUCCUCCUUCGGCAACGGCCGGACGCCCAUUCUCAAUCUCGCCGGCCACUGUGAUCCCUUUUCCCACGGCUGCAUCGGCCUCAGCGCCGACGUCAUCAAGUGCCAGCGCCUCGGCGUCGAGGUGCUUCUCUCCAUCGGUGGCGGCGCCGGGAGCUACGGUCUCUCCUCCGCAGACGACGCCAGGGAAGUCGCCGCCUACGUCUGGGACAACUUUCUGGGCGGCUCCUCCUCCCGGCCGCUGGGGGAGGCGGCGCUGGACGGCGUCGACUUCGACAUCGAGAGCGGCGGCAGCCAAUACUGGGGUCUACUCGCCAGCUAUCAAAUCAAAUCUCUCAUAAAAAUUCAAUUUUAUUUUUUCCUUAAAAUCUCAAUCUGCAUUCGUGUCCAUAUCGAUUUUAAUUAUCAAAUUGCAACCUUUAUUCGUGUUUCUUACAAAAUCUGCUGA